AUGUCAUCGCUUGACGCCUCCGGCAAACCGACGGAAACGGUUGAUUUUGGGGAGGAGUAUGACUAUACGGGCUAUGAGUGGUUCAAGGAUCCCCCGCCGCGGCCAGAGCCACCUCCUACCCCAUCUGUCGCCCCGACACGCAUCCCGGACCCUUCUGUAAUCGAGCAGAAUCAGAUGUUUGACUUUGCGCUGAAGAGCGCACCGAACGUUCUGUACACGCGAUACAAGCAGUAUGGACAGCUUGGCGUCCUCGCUUGGUGCUCGGAAUUCAGCGAGCUCAUCGACGCCUUGAAACGCCUUGGCUUCGAUGGCAAUAUGUUCGUUGCGACGCGCGCACAAGCGUUGCGAACGUGCGAGGACAUCCUGAGACUCAAGCUCAACAUUGACAUGCAGAUCAUCGUUAUGUAUCUAUCUUCACAAGUCGCCAAGCUGAGACGCUUCCUCGAGGGAGAGCGCCAAUGGAACGACUAUCCAGAAAUCAGCUUCCCCCUCGACUAUCGACAAUUCUCCCAAUCACAGGACUGA